AUUUUACCUUUUGAUAUCAUAGCGUGAAAGUUUAUUCGAAAAUAAAACAAAAGGAAGGCAAAAACAAGAAGCAAAAUUUUUUAGAGGGGAGAGUAAGUAUUUUUAAUCGGUGCAACUGUGAGCUCUUCCUCACCUCCAACAAUGUUCUGUCACGCUCGAUCUCAUCUCCGCCGCCCCAACAUCACACUAACCACCACACUCCUCCGUACUCUAACCACCGUCGGCGCCUCUGCCUAUCCUGAGAUCCCACUCCUCCAAGAAUCUACCUCCUACACAGUAACACCCCCAAUAAAACCCUGGCCUCAACGUCUCUACCCAAAACGCCUAAUCUCCAUGAUUACCCACCAAGAAAAUCUCGACCUCGCCUUCCAAAUCUUCGACUACGCUGGAAAAUAUCACCCUGGUUUCUUCCAUACUUACGCCACUUACCACUCCAUCAUCGACAAGCUCUCUCGUGCUCGCUCCUUUGAUGGGGUAGAAUCUCUACUCUCUCAACUGUCACGUAACUCCUCUCACAUCAAAUGCGGCGACGAUGUUUUUAUCUCUGUAAUUCGCAAUUAUGGCCUUGCAGGUAGGCCUAGAUUAGCCCUCAAAACAUUUACGCGAAUCAAAGAAGAAUUCAGUAUGCAGCCUUCUGUGAAAUUAUUGAAUACUUUAUUGAAUGUUUUCGUGCAGAAUAAAAGGUAUGAUUUAGUGGGUUCUACGUUGAAAAAAUGUAAAGAUAAAUAUGGGGUUUUGCCUAAUGUGUUUAGUUUUAAUAUUUUGAUUAAGGCUCUCUGUAAAAAGAAUGACGUCGAAAAUGCUCUCAUGGUGUUUGAUGAAAUGCCCACUAUGGGAAUGAUUCCAAAUCUGGUGACUUAUACGACAAUUUUAGGUGGGUUUGUUUCACGGGGCGAUUUGGUUAAUGCUGAGAAGGUUUUUAGUGAGAUUUUGGAUAAAGGGUGGUUGCCGGAUGCGACUACUUAUACAGUUUUGAUGGUUGGGUAUUGUAAACAAGGGAGGUUGAGUGAUGCUAUUAAGGCAAUGGAUAAUAUGGAGUAUAACGGGGUGGAGCCGAAUGAGGUUACUUAUGGGGUUAUGAUUGAUGCUUAUUGUAAAGAGAAAAAAUCUGGUGAAGCUCGUAACUUGAUUGAUGAUAUGCUUGAUAAGAAGUUUUUGCCAAGUUCGACCCUUUGUUGUAAGGUUAUUGAUGUGUUAUGUGAGGACGGGAAGGUGGAGAAUGCUUGUCAUUUGUGGAAGAGGAUGUUAGAGAAGAAUUGUUUGCCAGAUAAUGCAAUAAUGAGCACCCUUAUACAUUGGCUUUGUAAGGAGGGGAAAGUGUGGGAAGCCAGGAAAUUGUUUGAUGAGUUUGAGCAAGGUACAAUUCCAAGUCUUAUGACAUAUAAUACUCUCAUUGCAGGGAUGUGUGAGAGAGGGGAGUUGAAUGAGGCAGGCAGGUUGUGGGAUGAUAUGGUGGAGAAGCGUUGCAGGCCCAGUGCUUUUACAUAUAAUAUGUUGAUUAAGGGUUUCAUGAAGGCUGGGAAUGUGAAGGAGGGAGUUAGGAUUCUUGAAGAGAUGUUGGAUGAUGGGUGCUUGCCUAACAAGUCAACAUACAAUUUAUUGAUUGAGGGGUUACAGGAAUUGGGAAUGGAAGGAGAUGUGGAUAAGGUUGUGUCUAUGGCCAUGGCAAGCAGAGAAGUAGAUGCUGAUUCUUGGGAUCUCUUCUUGCGCAAGAUUGUUGGUAAUCUGGAUUGUGGGACUUGUGCUCUUGAUAGAUUGUUAAUGGAAAGUGCUACAUAGAGAUCCAUUCAUUGGGCUUCAUACAGUAAUGGACGAAGUGGUAUUUGAUUAUUUAAGGGCACUGACUGCAGAAGCUCCCAGUAAUUUAUGGAGUUGCUAAAGAGGUUAAAGUUUACUUAGCCGGUGCUCUCUCUGUCUUGGUUUGGAUGUCACUGUUAAGAGAGACUGAAAUGCUCUGUGAAGCAGCAAGAGGAGCAUAUUGCAGGAUUUUAUGUUCAAACCGGCCUCAAUUGCUGAACAACAGAGCAGAUGACUGAGGAAUUUCUAGCACUGUUAGUUUUAAUAGACUGUUGGUAGUUUUCAAGAUCAUGCUUGCAUUGGUGAAUGAGCUGUCAUGCCCAGAACACAUGAGCUGCAGUUAGUUAAUAAGUUAUGCAAAAUUUAUUGCUUAUGUAAUCAGAAAAUUCUAUCCAAGGUUAGGACAUUGGUAUUCUUAAAGCUUUGAAAGAAGAGGUGCGCAAUGCGAGGACCUGGUCUCUCUCUCUCUCUCUCUCUCUCUCUCUCACGCUGAACCACAGAGGAAGUAUCUGCUACGUCUGAGUGCGAGCUCAGAGAUACAGAAUAAGGUAAUUAUUUUCUCUUUCUCUGUCUCUCUCCAUCACUGAUGGAUGUUCUCAUGUUUUGCUAUGGGGUGAAAAAUGUAAUGUAUUCUUCUCCUUGUAUUUAAAUCUUAUUUUUUGUUUGCCAGGGUGCCAGUAAGUUUUAGUUUUACCCCCCCCCUCUUUCUCUCUGUUUUUUUUUUAAUAAUAAUUCAUGCUUUUGCAACAGUGAUUUUGAUUUGAAUAAUUUGGUUAAUACCACCAUAAUCUAAGCGUCCUUUUGCUAUGGAUGAAGCUUUUCAAUGUUAUGUUUAUUGGUAAAAGAGAGAAGUUGAAUUCUUUCAACUAUUAAUACCUAAUUUGGCGCAUUAGAAGGCCUAGCCUCAGAAUUUUAAUUGUUACUUCAAAUAUUGGUCGCUUUUUAGCUUUUCCUUUUCUCUUAGCAACUAAUGCUUAUAAAUUUGAUUUUAACUGACUGACUUCUUUCAAUUUAAGCCCAUUAUUUGUAGCCUUUUUUAUGUUAAAAUGAUGAAACUUUCAACCAUGUUUGUCUAUUGUUUUCUCCGUUCAUCUGCUAUUACUGGCAAACUAUGUGGCCUACUUGCUGGAACUGUAAAAUUCUAUGAAACCUUGAAUCUGGACUGUUGCGUGGAACAGGGACUUGGCUUGAGUGUCAAAUUGUGGGGAGUGCCUUGUUAGAAAUCAUGGAAUAAAGACAUGCAUAACAGCCUGCUUCUGAGAGGAACAUCUCUUUAUUAUUUUUAUUUUUUGCGUAGUAUGUCAAUGGAGGAAAAAUAUAAGGAUCAAAUCUAGCUAAACAUAUGGUAGCAAUAUUGAGAGAACAUAACUGAUUUUUCUCAUAACAGAACAAUGGAUCUCUGUUAGAAGAUCUUUUCAGCUAUUGGCUUUAAUCUUAAGAUGGUCAGCCAUUAUAAAACUGUUGGCAAUGAAUUCUUCUUCUUCUUCUAUUUAUUUUCCUUCUUGCGUGUGUGAUAAGGAUGGAAGAUUACCAUCGGUGUUGUGGCUGAAUAUAUUCAGUUUUCUUCCACUUUAUUCGUUGUAAAUUAACUUAUGUUCUAAAUGACUGAGCUUGGCCAUAUAUUGGCGGUUCAUUUGUUAAUAUUGAAGAUGGUGAAUGCAUGGAAUAUUUUAUCAAGAAGACUAGAGCUUGAUGUCUCUGUAAUCUUCCCGCGAAGCAAUUACUGAUCAGCUUAGGCCAUCUGUCAGUUCUUGAUCUCCUCUCUUUCCAGGCAGUUUGCAAGUGUGGCAUUCUUAAUUCUUGAAAUUUCCCAUGCUAACAUUGCAGAACCAAGCACAUAAAAGGCUCCCAUGGUUUCUGACCUUGAGGACCCAGCAACCGAAAAGAACAGGUGCCAAUCCUUCAGCCACUAGACCGUUGCUGUUUACAGCAUCCAAGUUAGGAGACUUGUCUACGAGGAAUGUUCAUGCUACUGACAUUCAAGAACUACAUGGAACAUGAAUCCUUACGUCCAUGUAUGGGUGGCUUCCCAAUUCUUUUUCUACAGCAAAAGUUGACCUUCUCAUCAUGAAUGUAUCUGAAUUAUCCUUACGUCCUGUAUUUGACAUUUCAACACCGCCUGGUCAUUGGUUUGCAUGUUGUUUCUUAAAUGCUGCAACGUUUCUAAUGAGAAGUUUCGGGUUUGUUUAUGUAGCCGUAGAAAACCUGCAUUGACCACGGGAGUGUAUGGGGAAAAAAUCGAUUGGAAAUGUUAUGUUCCAGAUGCUGUUGUUAAUACUUUAUUCGUUAAUGGAUAAUGGUCUUGUUUUCAUCAGAUGGAUGAUUCAAGCACUUCUGAUGUUGUGAAUAGAAGUUGGAAGCUCUUGGAUCCACCAAAGGCUAGAAGAAAUGACGUGUAUGGAAAUGCCAAAACAGUGUUGUAAGUGAUCAAGAAUGGUGGCCAAGUGUUUAUGCUGGUUCAUAAUGCUUCUUGGUAUGUAAUUGCGUUAAGGGAUCCUCAAAAAAUUUGAGUUUUUAUAGCAAUGAACAUGACUUCCUGAACAAACAAGAAUUCGUGUUUCGCGUCAAUGUAAUCAGCUAUCAAGCAGCUACAGAAUGGCUUAGCGGCUAAGACAAAUUCAACUUGGAUGCAUGAUGUAGCGUGUGUGAUACUGUGAUUCAGAUGGCUAUGUACUUAUCUUUUAGUU